UCCUGCAAACAGUACAGAACAGCUCAGCUCUUUCCUACGAAAAACCACUACAAACUAUAAACUUCAAAAUGGCACCACAGACCAACAACUCCACCGCUUUCGUCUCGAAGACCCAGCACUAUUUGAAGGUGAAGAAGCCCCUUUUGGAGCGCCAGCGUCGUGCCCGCAUGAACAAGUGCUUGGAUACACUAAAGACUCUGGUGGCCGAGUUCCAGGGCGAUGAUUCCAUCCUGCGAAUGGACAAGGCCGAGAUGCUGGAGGCAGCACUUGUCUUCAUGCGCAAACAGGUCGUCAAGCAACAGGCGCCAGUCUCACCGCUUCCCAUGGAUAGUUUCAAGAAUGGCUACAUGAACGCCGUCAGCGAGAUCUCCCGAGUUAUGGCCUGCACCCCGGCUAUGAGUGUGGAUGUGGGCAAGACAGUGAUGACACAUUUGGGCGUUGAGUUCCAGCGCAUGCUGCAGGCCGAUCAGGUCCAGACACCAGUCCAGUCUUCCACCCCACGCCCACUUAGCCCCGCCUCUUCUGGAUAUCACAGCGAUGCUGAGGACUCCGAAUCUGCCGCCAGCCCCAAGCCAGCUCAAGAGACCAUGUGGCGUCCUUGGUAAAUCAUCAUCAUCACCGCCAGCAUCGAUAUCGAAUCCUGUCUUCCAUCUGCAAAAUCAUCAUUUGCAUCGACAUCGAAUCCCGUCUUCCAUUAGCAACUCCUGCUAAAACGAAUCAUGUCUUCCAAUUGAAUCGUUAACACUGUGAUAACAGCUUUACCUAGAUUUUAAGCCAACCUCAAGCUUUACUAGUUUAUUAAGAUUUAGGUUAUAAGAAAACAACACA